AUCGUGGAGGACAUUACACGUGAUGAGGAAUUUUGAGAGCUAUUGAAGACAAUGACGAAUCAUUUUAUCGGCCUCCAUAUUCGUAUGGGAGAGGUGAACGAAACUCUGUAGGAGAGAGAGCCAAAAGGAACAACGACGACUUGAGAUCGCUAAUGGAGAUGAUGAAGCUGGCAUUGGCAUCGCAGGGACUGCUUGUGAUGUCGGAGAAGACGACAGAGGUCGUAUCGGAGGGUGAUUCGGGGCGACUAGGGCAGUGGAAGGGUAUGGGAGGCGCUUCUAAUGUGCUAUGUAUCAUCCCCUGGCAACAUCAAAGGCUGACUGGCGCUGCUCAGGCAUGCUGCAGCAGUUGGGGCAAGGAUCGAGAGCCGAAAAUGGAGUUUGAAGUGAUGAGGACGAUGGUUGGGGCUUCGAUGGCGAGCCCAUGAUGAGGUAGGAUCGAGGAGGCAUAGAGGAAGAUCGCCGUGGUGGUUACAACAUUGGCAG